GAGCAAUUCAUGUUCCCCCGACUGAACACACUCUACUCUCUGGCACCUCUUUAUUUCCAGUUUGAGAUACUUCAUCAUCCUUGUGUGCUGGCUUGCCCUCGUGCUCCAUCCGAAAUUCCACAUACGCUUACCCAUAGUCCUCUAACUAUAAGCCUGUCUACUUUCUCCUUCAUUUCUACCAUUACAUUUGUAAGACCAGCUGUAUGGACUCAGAGCUUCCAUCAUGGGUAAAAUGCUAUCCAAGAUGUUUGGGAAUAAGGAGAUGCGAAUUUUGAUGUUGGGUUUGGAUGCUGCCGGGAAGACGACCAUUCUUUACAAACUCAAGCUAGGACAGUCAGUCACCACUAUCCCAACUGUAGGUUUCAACGUAGAAACUGUUACCUACAAAAACGUGAAAUUUAACGUCUGGGAUGUAGGUGGCCAGGACAAAAUUCGGCCUCUCUGGCGGCAUUACUAUACUGGAACACAGGGUCUCAUCUUUGUUGUCGACUGUGCUGAUCGAGAUCGAAUUGACGAGGCACGUCAGGAACUCCACAGAAUUAUUAAUGACCGAGAGAUGCGUGAUGCCAUCAUUCUCAUCUUUGCCAAUAAACAGGACCUUGCAGAUGCCAUGAAACCUCAUGAGAUCCAGGAAAAGCUUGGACUUACCCGCAUUAGGGAUAGAAACUGGUAUGUCCAGCCAUCUUGUGCAAAUACUGGAGAGGGACUUUAUGAAGGUCUCAUGUGGUUGACAUCGAAUUACAAAUCCUAAACGUUUUAUUCCUAUUACCAUUCCUUUUUUUUGUACUUUUGAUUUGAUUUGAUUUUUUCUGAAGGCCACUGAAGGACUGCCAGCAUAGCUGUGUCUUUUUUUUUUUUUCUUUUUAAUUAUUUUUUUACAUUUGUUGUUCCUAAAUGCUCUGCAAAAGGGCCUUGAAGGGGUUAUUGGCUUCAUCCAAAUGUGGUCACUUUUCCCCAUCAUUGAGAUCAAGAAAGGGUAGAAGGUGUAAAACAAAUUUUUUUUAAGUUGUGUGCACCUAGCAAAAUGGAACAAUAACCCUUUGCAGUGUCAGCCUUAACCAUCAGUGAGCUAAUGUAAAAUCAGAUGAUUGACAUUGAUGUGCAUCGCACAUACUUCAGACCUCAAUAAUGUAUCAGACCGUUUUUUACAUUCCCUGUGCCCAUAAAAUGCCCAAUGUUUUUUGUGUCAUUAAUAAGGGAUGGAGUAAUCAGAGCCUUUUACAUUUAGUGCUGCAAUAUAAGAGUUUCAAACAGUUUAUUCCGUCCUGUGGAUAAUAUGAGAGGAAUGUACAUUCAGUGUAACAGUUGCUGAGUGUUUUGAGGCAUAGUGAAAUAUUUAUAAUACAUUUAUUUAUGUGCCAGUUCCAUCACCCCCUGCAGGUGAACAGGGUGCCUUUAGAGAGCACCUGAAGUUUAUAGCUUGUAGGAAAGUAAGUUAUCUGUCAGAUAUAAAUCUUGAAAGUACAUUUCUGAUUUGUCUAAAGCCUCACAGAUUCUCCUGUACAGUAGGGAAAUUCACAGUGCAUCCUAGGUUAUGCUGUGACCGUGUGUUUCAGAAGAACUGCUUCCAAAAUGGAGUAAAAACCAAAUGUGUGCAUUGCUGGAGAAAAAGCUCUGGCCAAUUUUAAUAAGUGUCUUUUUCUCCUUCAUCCUUAUUGGUGCUAUUUAACCUUAUUUUUUGUGAUGAGAAAUCACAAGUUUUAUAAAGGUGUGUGGGGCACACAGGAUUCUUUCGCAAAUUUAACGAUUUGCGCAUCAUACCGAUAAGGCACUUUAGUAAGGCUUAGCUCAGUAUGUUGCUGCACUGAUUUAUGUAAAGACUGACAUACUAAUAAAAUGCCUAAUUAAGUUAAUAUACAUACAAAGGUUGGUUUAUUGAUAAUCUUAAACACAUUCCCCCAACUUUUUUGUUGUUGUUGUUACAGACUUUUUCUGUGGUUUUCAUUCUACCUUGCCUCUGAAGAGUCAAUGAAAGUAUAAUGUUCACAAUGCGCCAAGCAGUCUGUAAUACUGAAAUCAUGGGAUCAUUUUAUUUUAGGGACUUGCCAAUUUCUCAUAGACUGCAUAUUAAACUUUGCACUUCUAAUUUAA